AUAAAUGUGUAAGGAUGGUGUUUGGACAAAUAUUGUUAAGACUGUUCAAAGAUAGCUUCAAAAGGCAUAUUUUAGAUAGGUUCUACACCCAUCCUUAAUCCGAAGACACAUCUGAGGACAUUUUCUAUGAUAUGUUAUUUGACAUGGUCCCAGGAUACGAUUUUCACUCAUGGACCUAAAUUUCAGAGAAGAAUAUUUAUUCAGUAAUGGAUGGUGUGAGUUAUCAUUAUCAAUUUCUUAUCAAUUCUUUUUACCAAACCAACUUAAGCGAAAGUGGUGUCUGACAUGAGACCUAUAUAAUUAGGUUAUAACAUCAUACUGUACCGACUAAAGAGUAUUCUAACCUCAGACCAUUCACAUGAUUUACAUAAGACAUAAGACAAUAACUAAAGUGUUUUGAGACAUGAGAUUUAUUGCAUUCAGCCAUGACAUUAGACACCGAUACACUUGCACACUUUGGACAUUUAAAUAAUGUUCCUCAUAAUCAAUCUGAUGUUUGUAUACCUAACUGUCGGCCAUGUCAAUACAGAUGCUGCAAGAGGAAGGAAAUGUUACUUUUCAACAAAAUGUCGUUGUUUCUCAUUUUUACCGACCCCAUACUACAACGCUGUAUGUUCCCAUUCAACGUUGAAUGCCAUUCCAGUCUUCAAGGAUAACAUACACAGCAUCGAUUUAAGCUAUAAUCGUAUACAAAAAAUACAAAACAGACAUUUUAGUAAUAAUGGCAAUCUGAAGGAAUUAAAUCUGUCACACAACAAGAUUAAAACAUUAUCAAAGUACUCUUUUUAUGGAUUGCGAAAAUUGUCUAAGCUGAUUGUAAGCCAAAAUGCAAUAGACAGUGUAGAAACUAACACAUUUUUCUAUUUACAGUCUUUGGCAUAUUUAGACAUGAAACACACUAGAAUCAAUGUUUCAACUCUGCAAUCUCUUCUGUUUCUUAAAACAUUAAGAAUGGACUUCAUACUAAAGGAUAGUAACAAUUUAUCAUUUAGACUUUUGCAUUUAAAAAGUCUUGACCUAUCAGGUAUGUCUGGUAGAUGUGAAGCUAGAACAUUGACCGAGGAUGUGUUUAACUUUAUUCCUAACAUAGAGGAUCUUAAGCUUUCCGCGUGUAAAAUCAAUUGGAUCUAUAAGGGAACUUUUCAAUUGAUGAGGAAUCUUUCAAUAUUAGACUUAUCUUAUAAUACUUGCCUUAAAUUUUCAGGGGUUGAAAAUGUAACCAAAGAUUUGCCAUACACCUCUAUCAAGAUUUUAAAGUUGACUAAAAUUCAUAAAACAUUUGAGAUGAAUACGAUGAUCAAACGUUCACAUUUUCGACACUUGAAGAAAACGAAUCUUACAGAAAUACACAUUAAUAGUAAUAGGAUACAGAAAGUGCAAAAAGGGGCAUUACUUUAUCUACCGAGUUCAAUUCGUAUUAUAUCCAUGUCCGAUAAUGAAUUUUCUUAUGGCGAUUAUCUUUCAGAGAUUAUGGUUGUACCAGUUGAACAUGCAAACAUUUCCGAAUUGUUUAAAUCUCAUAUUCCUUCAAACCACGAGGAACGUUGCGAGCAUCGAAAUGAAAGUAUUUUUUUGGAAGAGGAAGUCGAAAAACACAUUUCGUCAAUACGAUCAAAUUUUGUUCCUUUGCCACACAGGCUGAAAUCAUUUGUCUACAGAAAAUGUUUGAUUCGAUACGAAAUACCACCAAUGAAUUUGUCGGCAAACUCGAUCGAGUAUCUUGAUGGUCAUCAAAAUAUGUUCUUCUCUUUAAUAGGUCCGUUGUGUCCCCUCGACAAUGUGACAUAUCUGGAUCUGUCUGAUAAUAUGAGUUCUAAUAUAUCAAAAGUGUUCUUCCAGUGCACUUCCAAUUUAAAAAUACUGCGGUUACAAAAUAAUCUUUUAGGAUUUGUUCUGCCUAAUGAUGUUAACGGUGAAGUAUUACAACAUGUACCACAACUCCAAGAAAUUAACCUAUCAGAAAAUAGAAUACCGACAUUAGCAUAUAAUUUUUUUAAGGCACAAGUUUCAGUUCGACGUUUAUACUUAGAUGGUAAUUUGUUAGAUUAUCUUAUAUUCAAGAUUGACCAUAUGAAGAACCUUAAUUUUUUAGGUCUAUCUAACAACCGAUUUUCGUAUUUGGAUAAAAUAGCAAGGGAUCAGUUAGAAACUGUAUUUAAGAAUAACAAAAAUUUAAGCAUUGAUAUAAGUGGGAAUCCUCUAAAGUGUACGUGUGAUACCAAAGAUUUUAUACAAUGGAUGGGAAACACUAAGAUUCUAUUUAAUAACCUGCAUUUCUAUUCGUGCAGAUUAUCUACCGAUAAAAAACAAAACUUAAAUAAUCCAAAGCGUUUAUAUGAAGUUUUGCAAAAAGAAUGUGCCUCUUACACGUCCUUAGUUAUAGGCUUAAUAUCAUUGGUUGUUUUGUUUGCUUCCAUUCUGACUUUUGGGUUAGUGUACAGACAUAGGUGGAGAAUUCGAUAUAUGUACUACAUGGUUAAAAUACGAUAUUUUGAAACUAAGCAAAAGACUCGCGAGAGGAAGAUAUACAGAUAUGAUGCUUUUGUUUCAUACGAAAGUAAUAAUCGAUCUUUUGUCCAUGGACAACUUCUUCGAAAACUAGAGAACGACGCUGGAUUGAAAUUAUGCAUUCAUCAAAGAGAUUUUCUCCCGGGACGUGAUAUUGCAGAAAAUAUAACUUCUGCUAUUCACGACAGUCGUAAAAUUGUCGUCAUAAUGUCUCCAAACUAUCUAGAUUCAUAUUGGUGUAUGUUCGAAUAUAACAUGGCAAGAGUAGAAAGUAUUUAUUCAAGGAACAAAGAAAAUAUUUUGUUCCUAGUUUUCUUGCAACAAAUGUCACCUAGAAGUUUGCCGUUACUUGUUUUAGAACUUGUGCAGUCACAAUCGUACAUAGAAUACCCUAAUGAUGAAUAUGGAGACACAGUUUUCUGGGAAAAACUGAAAGAAGUUUUGACAUAGAC